UCUAACUAAUCAAUUUCAUAAAUCUUUCCAAAGUGCUAUUAACAGUAUCAAAAUUAUGAAGUGUUUUACAACAACCCUCAUCCUCUUUUUCGUAACUACUCCCGUCAGCUGUUAUGUUGAACCGAUUGUGCUAGUUCACGGUGGCGCUGAUAACGUGCAUUCAUUGAGAAUUGAACAAAGAAAAGAUGGAAUAAAAAAGGCGGCAAUGAGCGGAUACAAACUUCUUAAAAAAGGUGGUAGUGUAACAGACGCUGUGGAAGCUGCAGUAAGAGUGAUGGAAGAAGAUCAACAUUUUAACGCUGGUGUAGGAUCCGCAUUAAACAUCGAUGGAGAGGUUGAGAUGGACGCUUGCAUAAUGGUAGGCUCAAAUUUAUCUUCGGGAGCUGUUACUGGUGUAAGAUACGUUGCCCAUCCAGUCAGUUUGGCGCGAGCAGUAAUGGACAAUUCGAACCACUUCCUUUUGGGAGGAGAAGGUGCGAGGCGUUUUGCUAAAGAUCGUGGUGUGCCACUAGUGCCUCUUAAUUUUUUGUUGGCACAACACGCUCAACAAGACCUCGAAGAAUAUAAGAGUCUGAUUGCUAGAGAUUACCGAUUUGUUGAAAUGGCUAGUGGCUGUGGAGGUGUGGGGGCUGUCGCUGUAGAUGGCAAGGGCCGUUUAGCAGCUGCUAGUUCAACGGGAGGGCGACUUGGUAAAUUACCAGGAAGAACCAGCGAUGCGAGUAUUGUUGGUGCCGGAAUUUAUGCGGACGAUGAAAUUGGAGCUGUAGUUGUAACAGGCCAUGGUGAAGCUAUCGCCCGGUAUGUUAUGGCUCAUGAAAUCAUCAGUACCAUGAAGCGAGGGUUCGAAGCGGGUGUUGCUACCAGAACGGUUGUGAAGGGAAUAACAGAAAAGUUUCAUAAACCCACAGGUGCUAUAACGGUGUCCAAAAACGGACAAAUUGGUAUUAGCUUCACGACCGACAAAAUGGCUUGGGCGUAUCAAAUCCGAGACGACGUCCAUUACGGUAUCGAUGACUACGAUCACUUUAGUGAAAAAAUCAAGAUUCAUUAAAAAAUAAAAUACUGCAUUACAAACACAGUUAUUUAUUAAUUCGCAUUACUAGGUAUUUAUCAAUGUUGUAAUA